AUAUAAAAGAAGAUGACUUCUGAUGACGAUGAUGUUGUGACCUUGGCCGACAUUAAGAAGGCAAGGGAAAUAAUAAUGACGUCACCACUGAACGUCCAUAAAACACCCCUCUUAAAAGAUAUGACGUCAUAUUUUCCUGAAAUUGAACAAAGUAUGAAACUCAACAUGAAACUAGAAAGCAUGCAAACAACAGGUUCAUUCAAAAUACGCGGAGUAGUCAAUCAAAUGGCGAAUCUUCCACAGGAAGUGAAAAGCGGUAAAAGGAAGUUAAUCACAAUGUCAGCCGGGAAUUAUGGGAAAGCAUUUGCCUAUACCUUGAACCAGCUAAAUCUUUCUGGCCUUUGUCUUAUGCCACUAACAGCACCAUCAAACAGGAUAGCACUAAUAAAGAGCUUUGGGGUUUCUGUGGAGCAGUGCCCCUCCUCUGAAUUAACAAGCGAAGUUAACCGACAUGUAGAGAGAGAAAAUUAUAUUUAUUACCAUUCCUUUGACGAUGCAAGGUUGAUAGCGGGCUAUGGAAGUAUUGCCUUGGAGAUUCUGGAAGAUGACGUCAGACCUGACGUAAUCGUAGUAUGCUGUGGCGGUGGGGGACUGGUUUCGGGGAUUGCAGCAGGAAUAAAACUGUCUGGACUUGCAGAUUGCAGGAUAUACGCCGUAGAACCCGAGGGGUCUAGGACGAUGUUUGAGAGCUUCCGAAAAGGAGAACCUGUCACAAUGGCUGUUAACUCUGUAGCUUCCGGAUUAUCUCCCCCUUAUGCAGGGAAACUAACUUAUCGUUGUUGCCGGAAGUAUGUAGAGGAUGUUAUUCUUGUGUCGGAUAGAGAAAUAGUGAGCUGUAUGUCGAGACUGUUUGAUAUAGGAAUAGUAGCCGAACCAUCAGGAUGCGCGGCGAUGGCGGCCAUUUUAAAUAAUAGAAUACCUGAUGUUGCAGGAAAGAGAGUAGUAGCAAUUGUCACAGGAAGUAAUGUAUCAAUAUCGGAAAUGACGUCAUAUAUUCAAUAAAAUAUUUUAUUC